AGUAUCCAAAGUAUUGGAAACGACACUCUUAAAGAUCAAAAGUACUAGAGACAAUACAAUUGAAGACCAAAGAACCAGAGAUGAUAGUAUUGCAACACUAUUGAAAUCCAAAACAUCAGAGACAGCACCCGAGCAUUGGAGAUCUAAAACGCAAGUGAAAACUAUUGAGAGCCAAAGCACCAGAGAUAACACUGUUGAAACUCAAAGCACCAAAGGUGACAAUAUUGAAGACCCAAGAAACCAGAGACGACUAUUGAUGAUCCAAA